UGCGCCGCCGCAGCGAUGACGCAAGUAUCAACGAUCCGCAUUGCUUUCGUCGCGCAUCGCGAAAAGCAUCAAAACAUCGGGCCGCUUUCGGGUUUUUUCCUCCUCGUGCUCAGCCGCGACUGUAUAUAAGUGGAAAAACGAAUUUCUCUCGAUCGGGUACUUUAAAGCGAGUACGUGCGAGUUGGCGCACAACGAGCCAUGCCAACCUCGCGCAAUACGUAAUAAUUUCCAAAAAUGUAAAAGAAACCGGUUGUACGCGAUAAGUACUCGGGCGCGCUAAUGGCAAUUAUCAUAGAUUCAGUCAAUUUAGUCGAUUGGCGUAUUUUAUUAAUUUAUUAAGAUUCCGUCGACAAACAUCGUAUCGUCGCGUACAAGCAUUGCACCUGUUGAGAUUUUUGUUUGUCCUCGAGUGUUAUCAGCCGCGCGUAGGAGAGCAUGUGUUCGCUCGAGUGCAUCAAAGAUUACAAAUAUAUUAAGCGCGUCGAGGCGUCGCGUACGGAAGUCGAUCGUAGCUGCUCCACGAUCAGCGAUCAUGCUCGCCCCUAGUCCGGCCCUGACUUGCCUCCUCCUGCUCGCGCUGCCGAUGAUCUCGGCCAACCACGAGAAGGAUGCACCGCUCGCCUUCACCAAGUACGGCCCCAUCCGCGGCUAUCGCAGGCGAUCCUACGCCAACGUCACCUACGACGCCUACGAGGGUAUACCCUUCGCUCGGCCACCCACGGCCCAUCGACGAUUCGAGCCCCCAGAGCCAGCGCCGGCCUGGAUCGUGCCGCCUCUCGUCGCCGACAAAGUUCGAGGCCCCUGCCUCGGCCUGCAGAUCGACGACGGCAGCGUCGCCGGCCACGAGGACUGCCUCUACCUCAACGUGUACGCGCCCAGUAGGGAGAGCCGCAACGACUCGCUGCUGCUGCCGGUCAUAUUUUGGAUCUACGGCGGGGCCUUUCAAGCCGGCCUCGUCACGGGCCACGAGCAGCAGUACCUCAUGAACGAUCGCAACGUCGUCUUCGUGUCGACCAACUAUCGCCACGGACUCUUUGGAUUUCUCAGCACCGACGACCGCGUGGUCGCGGGCAACAUGGGCCUGAAGGACCAGAGCCUGGCGCUGCGAUGGGUGCGCGACAACAUCGCCGGCUUCGGCGGCGACCCGCGCAGAAUCACCCUGGCUGGGGCGAGCGCCGGGGCGGCCAGCGUUCACUAUCACUACCUGUCGCCGAUGAGUCGCGGCCUCUUCCAGGCCGGACUGGCCGUCAGCGGCACCGCUCUCAAUCCUUGGGCCACGAGCACGACCUCGCGCGCCGCGGCCUUCGCUCUGGGCCAACGCGUCAAUUGCUCGCGCGCCACCACGAUCGACCUGAUAAGCUGCUUGAAGCAGCUGCCGGCCGAUGAUUUGAUGAAGGCUCAGGCGAUGCUGACGAGCAGCAGCAGCGAGUGGUUCUUGGCCUUCGUGCCCGUCGUUGAGCGCGCCUCCGACGAGCCCUUCGUCGAUCGCGAUCCCCUGGAGAUCGUGCGAUCCGGUCGGGCCUACGAUGCACCUUUGAUCACUGGUAUAGUCCAAGAAGAGGGCUUGUCUUUCGCCAAUGUAUUGGCCAACUCCUCGAUGUUGCAGACGAUCGACCGAAAAUGGGACUCGAUAAUGCCUCGCCUGUUCUAUCUGGACAGAUCGUAUCCCCAGGAGCAAUUGGCUGCCGUGGCGAGAAAAGUUCGCCGAUAUUAUUUCGCCGAUAAACCCUUGAAUAUGGAUAACUUGAGGAUCUUGAGCGACAUGAUAGGCGAUCGCUUCUUCUCCUUCGACGCUCAGAGAGCUUCGACGCUGCACUCUCGAAUUUACAAGAAGCCAGUUUGGUUCUAUCAUUACACCCAUCGAGCCGAGCGAUCUUCCAUAGGUGCGAGUAUGGGGCCGCUGCAAGGCACGACUCACGGAAACGAUGUAGAUUUAUUGUUGGGCUUGAAUAACGCGGGACCCGUCGACCCAGUGAAAAACGAACGAGACAAAGCGAUGCGCAGAGAGCUCGCACAACUUUGGACGGCGGUCGCGUACUAUGGAUCACCGAGUUUCGGACCUCGAUGGCAGACCGUAACAAACAAGAAUCAUCAAUUUAAUUAUUUACAAAUAGAUGGACCGGGACAGUAUCGAAUGGUCACAAACAAUAAUUUAGGAAACAAGCGCUUUUGGAAUUCAAUUUUCAAGUGAUCAAACAUCAAUUAAAUGUGUAUUU